AUGUUUAUAUCUUUCUAUAUCGCUGAUACGAAGAAUGCAUUAAUUUUUCAAUACCUUUUAAGCUCCAGCUCACCUUUAUUUUCACAUCUAUUGACAAAAAUACAGAACGUAUGUCCAGAAUUAAUCUCUGAACAUCAUGAUGAGGAGCGUGAUGAGUCCAUCAUGGGCCAAGAUUCACUCAAAUAUACAAGUUCCAUCCAUAGCUCAUUGGGGAAAGAUUUAGAGGUAUAUAAAUACCAUUCGGUCACGAACAACAUAAACUAUUUCUGUUUAACAUCGCUUUCGAAAGGUCAGGCAAGUAUUGAACCUCUUCUCUUCUUAGAAAACAUGGAUAGAAUUUUGUUAGAAUAUUUUGAGAAGGAACGGUUGACGGUGAGCAAACUAAUCAAUAAUCAUGAUCGUCUUUCAAUGAUUUUUUAUAUGUGUGUCGAUUCAGGGGAACCAGCUGUAGGAAGACUACACGAGAAUAUGAUUAAACGUAUGGUUCCAAUGAGAUCCGACUUAUCAAAAAUCAUCAAUUCUACUGCACAUAGCUUUCAAAAGGCCGUACGUCAACCUGCAUUGCAAAAUCAACGAUUAUUCGAACAUUCCGCAACUAAAGGUUCAUUAUUAUUCGAACAGGGCAGUGGCAGCAGUACCAACGAUGCUUUUGAAAACGAAGUUGUUCCUUGGCGAACUGGCAAUCUAAAGUAUAAAGAUAAUGAAAUAUAUGUUGAUGUACUAGAAACUAUGCAUUUGGUUUACUCACAGAGGCAAAAGAAAAGACGCAGAUCCUACAGAGGUAAAAAUGAAACUGGUGCAGAAAUCAAGAUGGUUUGUGGCUCAAUAUGUGGUCAAAUUAAUUUCAGAUCGCAUAUAAGUGAGAAUCCAACCAUUGAACUUGACUUAAAUCUCGCUGGCAAUUAUCUUGGUGUCCCGUCACUGCACGAAUCCGUUGAAACGUCAAGUGAGCCUGGAAAACCUGUAGAUAAACUCAGGUUUAUUCCUCCAGAUGGUAAAUUUUGUUUGAUGGAGUAUAACAUUGAUUUGGAUAUGUUGCAGGCAAGAAAUGCAGUGUAUAAAAGUGGAAGCAUCGGCAUGGUCAGUGUUGAUUUUCAAGACGGGUUAGGAAGUAAACAUGAUGAAUUCGAAAUUAUAAUAAAUAUCAGUAAUUCAACUAAAGUUACUGACAUUAAGGAUUUAAGAAUCGAUGUGGAGGUCACUCCCGAAGUUAUGCCACGAAACAAUACCACAGAUGAAAGGUCAAAUAAAAAUAAAAACCAAGAAGUGGAUGAUCCCAAUCCAGAUUUCUCAGAACACAAGAUUAAAGUCCUACGCAAUACGCAUGGCAGAUUUGAAAAUGACGUCGUUCCAGGAAAAGGUACCUGGAUAUUUCAAAAAGAUACUGCUGUAGGUGCGUUACCGGUUCUUAGGGGGUGCGUAGAAAACGUUUGGAAUUCCGCCAUUUAUGUUAAGGUUAAAAGGGUAUCAGUUUCUUACAAUUACGCAGGCGAACUGGCGAGUGGGAUACAGGUUAAUGCAAUAAACAUCACCUCCGGAGUCCGGAAUUUGAAGAGCUUGAAAUUGUUCAAGGGAGUUAAAUAUACAACAGCAUCUGGAGAUUUUGUAAUAAGAGGAUAG